GCAUUUUCCUGUCUCUACCCUACUAUUGUUGUUACUAUUUUAAUAUUUUAGCUAAGAGAUCGGGUGAAUUGUAUGUCUUAGACGAUGACUCCUGACUUGGUUACUUGAACAGCAAAUAUCACGACCACUUUCCUUCCACCUUGCAGCUAGUCAUGGUUUCUUUCAACAUUGCCAACGACGUCGACGGAUAUACGUCUUUCUCGGAAUACGGCAGGCCGAACAAAGCGUAUUCAUCCGCGGAACCUAUUGGACGUCCCAGGUGUCUCCAACGUCUUGCUGACACCAUCUCCUGUGACGAAAAGAGCGCGGAAUAUCUCUUCAAGGCAUUCGAUGUAGACGUCAUCGACAACGGCGACUUGUACAGUAACUCGCCUGUUGCUACCUCCUCGCUUUUGCCGCCAUUUGCCGACCCUCCGUCAUUCUCCCUGCAACCGAGGGACGACGAACGCGACGUUGAACAUCCGUAUCUGUCUACCCCAUUGCGCAUGAAUUAUUUCUCAAAGCUCAGCCCUACUAUCCUUCGAGAUCUCUUACGUUCUCCUUCUCUUCGAGUCUUCAGCCCAGACACGAGUUUCUCAGAAGAAUGCUCUGGAUAUCUCCUGGAUUCAGCUCUCGUCGCAUCGUCUCACCCCUUUGAACCAUCGAAAUCCAGUGAUCCAUUCACAGACACAGCCAAAUGGCGUGUUUUGUCAUAUCCUAUUAGCCCUCCACCUACCGCUAAAAUUCCGAGUGCUCCUCAUCUGCCUGCGCUUUCUGUGUGCGACGAAAUAUCCACUGACGAUGUCGAAGUGUCUCAUACUGUGGAGAGCUCCAUCUCAUCCUAUUCGAAAGAGCUUGCUUUGACAUUGCCCUCCCCACCACUUGAGGAACGUCGACCACUCCUGCAUACCCGUCAUACCUGUCCAAGAUUGUCUGCGUCGACAAUCGCACAAUUUCGUCUGGUCGUCGAUGAACUUGGUCGCACAGGAAAUGAUCCAGAGAAACGCAGCUUGCUACAAUCAAACUUGCGGCCAUCUUUACUUCCUACGGCUUGUAAAUUUACGCAUGCACAAGGAAGCGCUGGGGUCGCUGGGAACAUCACUCCUUCGACAAUGCAGGAGCCGAGCCGUGUCCAUGGAGUAUUAGAAGCGGAGUUUGUCGACCUUCUUCUACAGCGCGCAGAAAGAGAGGAAGCAGAAGCGGAACAGCUAAAGGCAUUAGGAAUGAGGCUUCGGAUGCUGGCACAACGCAGGCGCGAACUUGCCCGUGUUGUACAGAAAUAA